ACCGUGGGACUGGCCUGGUCCCGCCACAGAUUCCCACGACCCCUCCUCUGCACAAACACGCUCACGCACAAACACGCGUACGCGAAUCAAAACACGGGCGCACACGCAGCGCGGAGCCGCAGAGGCAGAGCAGCUUUGCACCACUUUUCAGCGCCGCCGCUGUUUCCUACAAACGCUUCGAGCUCUUUGCCGCUGUUGCGCUGCGCACGGACCGAGAAAAAACGCGUCGCGCUGAGGAACGGGGCGAAAGUGAGGACCUACAGCAGCCGCCGCGGAUCAAAGUGGGGGAGGACGCGGGGGUGCGUGGGGGGGAAAUGACCCAAACUCGGGCACAUUCAUUCUGACGAUGCCGAGGAGCUGCUUCAGAUUGACGCUCGCAACAAGGCAAGCGCUCCCUCUCAUUUGUACCGACUGCGCUAAAAUAGCCGGACAACGAGCCGCAGUGGGUCGAGACGUGAAUCACAAAGGAGACAUGCGUAAAAGCGCCCGUGACGGGGUUUUCUCGCGUUCGCCGGCGUCCUGUUGAAUCCCCACCACUUUGCUGCGUGGGAAAAAGACGAGGAGUUCCGCCGGAGCGGGGACUGUGGUAACUGGGACUCCAUCUUCAUGACUGCGGUGGAAUCGUGAAAGUGGAAUCAGGGGCUCCCGGAAGGGGGUCGGUCGCUUUGUGCCAUUGAGCCCGACGACGGAGGAUGACCGCAGCCAGUCCAGCCCGCAGCCCCGCCUCCUCCCACUCCACCCAGUCCUCACCUGCCUGCCUCCCAGCAUGCCGCCGGCACCUGAGGAAGAGCCGGGAGCUCCAGAACAAGCUGCACCUGCGCUCGGCGCCGGGCGUGUGGCUCCUGCUGGGCGUGGGGGUGGUGCUGGUGGGCAUGAGCCUGGCGGUGGCGGGCUACGUGUCGGCGGCGGCGCCCAAGCCCGCGGGCGCCCGCGGCGCCACCCACGUGGAGCGGAUGAAGCUGGCCGGGCCCGUGGUGAUGGGGGUGGGGCUGUUCAUCUUCAUCUGCGCCGCCACGCUGCUGUACGAGAACCGGGACCGCGAGGUGCUGAGGCAGGAGUCGCUCGACGACCUUGAGGACCUGAAGGGGGGGAGCGGCUGGGACGACUCGCAGGAGCAGCCCAGCUUCGGCUGCCAGGAGCCGUGGGAGGGCGGGGACGGGGAGCCGGGCUCCUGGGGGCCGCCGGUCCCGGGCCACAGCGGGGGGCCGCCCGCCUCCCCCUACCUGCACCGCGGCGACAGCCGCGACCUCAGAGCGGCGCCGCUGCCGGGCGACGGGGAGAAGGCGGACAGGAAGGAGGAGAAGAAGAAGGAGGGGGGGCGCUCCACUCUGCUGGCCCGGGUGCUGCACCACCAGGAGCCCGCCCCCCGCCCCCCGUCCCCCUGCCCGUCCGUCUCCCGCUCCGUCUGCUCAGACUCCUGCAACUCCAGCGACAUCCACUUCAACCUGCGGACAGGCUCCCCCCUGCCCGCUCAGCACUGAGGCCCGACGGACCUUCGCAGGCCCACGUCAACACUGUGCACCAUCCCAUAAUAAGCGGAGGAAAAGUGUCUCAGAGCGAUGCCGACUCUGAGUCACUGUCUGUGAAGGGCGUGCUCGCCCCGCGUCGCUCUGACUCAGCCACACGGAUCAUCGCUGACCCGCUCCAUGUCCAGCAUCUCCACCGCCGCGGCGGCUUUGACCAUAUUUGGACGUUGUGAGCAGGAUCGCUGGCGGGAGACGGACGCGCUGCCCUUUGGCUUCGGUGCAGAGAGCACGUACGUCCGGCCCCGUUAAGAGGACGAGCCAGAUUAGGGCUCCAACGAGCCUUUAUCUAAUCGCACACAUUCUGUAAUCUGGGCUUUAUCUGAGGAAAUUGUGUCUUGGUAUAAACAAGAGGAGCCCAUAAGGCCACACUCCUCUCACUCGACACCUACAGCCACGCUAUAAAUACCAGCUGGUGUUCUGAGCACAGGCGAGCGGCUCGAAAGGAAAGAGCAGCGCCCGAAAAAAAAAAAAAACAACCUAAAAAACCGUGUUGCGAGGAGUUAUUCCUGACGCAGCCUGACUGAGCAGCGCUCUCCCACCACGCCGACCUCUCAUCUGCUCUCUCCUCACCGCUUCCUGCGCGUUGUUCGAACCCCCCGUCCCUCCGCGGCGGCAACAGGCGAAACGAGGGGAGAAAAUGGGGUGCGAAGGGAACGUUAUCAGGUACAGCUAAGCCAAAGAGAGCGCGUUUAGACCAGCGGAGGGGUCCAGGGCUCGGAUUUUAAUCAUCACCAGCAUUUUCUCCUGGAGCCUCUAAUUACACAGGGGAUCAGUUUAAAAGUUUUAUGGGCCUUCAGGCCUGCAGAGCAUUUCCUCGCUCUUCGGUCCCACGCUGGGAUCCUGCCAUCCAGAUGACGACCGAGGCGACUGAGUGUACAGUAAUUUGCAGCGGCGCGUUAUGCAUGCGUGGAGGUGCAGCCCGCUGCUUUAAAGAUGUGUGUUCCACUGGCGCUCUCUCUCUCCUCACCCUCACACGCGAGCCAGCGCCAGCGUGAGGCGCUGUGAUGUGUUCACGUGCUGGAGGAAAGAUGAUUUACAAGUGGAGCUGCCGCUGAUCAAUACUUUCAUCACCACUUACAGCCGAUCGACUGUUUGCUUUAAUGUAUCAGGUGUGUGUAGUGGGCACUAGAUGCAUCAGUGUGUAUGUAGGAGGAUCGACCACGUCGAAGGAGCAUUUGUUAGAACAGUUCGACGCUGCUUCAGCUGCAGUCUCCGAAAUGAUCACGACUUUGCCAUAAAUUAGCAGGAAAAUGACACCAGAGCUUCUCGGAUCCCAGAGCGACGCCUUCAGACGUGCGCGUGCUCGGCCGCGGGAGUGAAGCGGUGGCUGUUUGAGCCAUAAGCUGCGUCUGUGGAUGUGCUGAACAUACAGACUCUGACUUAUUGGGUGUUUAUCCCGAUGACAGCGAACUGCUACAUCGUUCGGCGGCGUGUGUUAAAUAGAGCUCCUCUGCGAGCGCAUGUAUUGAUACAUAUCUCCGCAGGCAGACAGGCAGCUGUAAGCUGCUUAACCCUGCGCUGACUCAGGACACGCUCUCAUCUUUGAGGGGAAGGAGCUGGGAUCAACAAUUUCUGCAAGGAAAAUGUGAACAGCCGAGGAUCAACCGGCCUGAAGAUGAUGACAGUUUGAAAAAAAGAGCUCUUUUUAAUAAGACUUCACCAGCUGCAGUGAAAAGGGGGGACGUGGUAAAGACAUCCUCGGUCAGAUGUUUUCUUUCCCUUCGACUGAGGUUUAAUUUUUGCUCAUCUCAGUCACAUGGUGAAGAGCCUGGUUCACGUGUCCCGCGUGAACGCAUCUAUUAAACUACAUGACAUCCAUCCCUCCUGACUCCUCGCUCUCAGACGUGCCGCCACGCAUCCACUGGAGGCCUACAGGUGGCAGCCGGGUUGAUGGUUUGCUGCCUUUAGCAGAUGUGAUUAGUGCUGGACACCCAGCAGGUGCACUCCUGCCUAAUCCAAUUUCAGCCAUGCUUCCGGUCAGCUCAGCCUUCAGGGAGCAGUCAAUGGGAGAGGUGUCACGCUCACAAUGCCAGGACCAUUAUUUUGUGCUUUUGCUGUUAUGAUGCUUGCAUCUGCUCAAGGUAGGAGCGCCUGUGUGUAGAGGAUGAGAGAUUCUGACAUGUCAACAUUACUGCAUUUCAAACCUUUAACACAACUGGGGCGCAGAAAUCAGCUGUAGUGGUUGAUGUUGAAAGUGAUAUUUGCUUUAAUUUAUAUACAUUUGAGAGCAAACCGAGUUCCUGUAAUAUCAACUGGACCUUGUUUUAUAAUUAUAAUUUUCUUUCAUAUGAAAUGAUUUGGCUUCAUGGAAAAAGAAACCCUUAUUAGGUUACAACUGUUAUGAUCUAAUAUCUAAUCUGUUAGCUCUGCAAUAAAUUAUAGCUACAAUGACCUUA